GUGACAGUCAUGGGACCCCCGAAGCGCACAUGACUUAUCACGUGAUCUGUCAUCGCUCUAUAAAGCCCUCGGCGUGCUCUUCAUCUGUUUGUUUCUAACUUUUGGGGGAGUGAGACACACAUUUCAAAGAGAACACUUGCCAGCAGUUGAAAAACAGAAUGUGGCGGCUGGCUUUCCUUUGCGUGGUCUCAGCCCUUUCGUUUAGCUGGGCUCGUCCUCGCCUCGCUCCCCUCUCCCAUGAGAUGGUCAAUUUCAUCAAUAAGGCAAACACUACUUGGAAGGCUGGACACAACUUCCGUGAUGUGGACUACAGUUAUGUGAAGAGGCUGUGUGGGACUUGGCUGAAAGGACCUAAACGUCCCGUCAUGGUACAGUAUUCUAAUGACCUCAAGCUCCCCACUAACUUUGAUGCCAGAGAGCAGUGGCCCAACUGCCCUACUCUUAAAGAGAUCAGAGACCAGGGUUCUUGCGGCUCAUGCUGGGCUUUUGGUGCUGCGGAAGCCAUAUCCGACAGAGUAUGCAUCCACAGCAAUGGCAAAGUGAGUGUGGAGAUCUCUGCUCAGGACCUGCUUACCUGCUGUGACAGCUGUGGUAUGGGAUGUAAUGGUGGAUACCCUUCUGCUGCUUGGGAUUUCUGGACCUCAGAUGGUCUGGUCUCUGGGGGACUCUAUAACUCCCAUAUUGGCUGUCGUCCAUACACCAUUGAACCCUGUGAGCAUCACGUGAAUGGCAGUCGCCCUCCUUGUACUGGAGAAGGUGGAGACACCCCUAACUGUGACAUGUCCUGUGAACCUGGCUACAGCCCCACUUAUAAGGAGGACAAACACUUUGGAAAGACAUCUUAUAGUGUCCCAUCUAAUCAAAAGGACAUUAUGAAAGAACUUUACAAGAAUGGCCCAGUAGAGGGAGCUUUUACUGUCUAUGAAGACUUCCUGCUCUAUAAAUCCGGUGUAUAUCAGCACGUGAGUGGAUCUGUACUAGGUGGUCAUGCCAUUAAGAUCCUGGGCUGGGGAGAGGAGAAUGGCGUCCCUUACUGGCUUGCUGCUAACUCCUGGAACACUGACUGGGGUGAUAAUGGAUAUUUCAAGAUCCUCAGAGGUGAGGACCACUGUGGCAUUGAAUCUGAAAUUGUGGGUGGCAUCCCUCAGUAACCACCAAAAACUGCAAGAGAAGAGCUGAAAUGAGCGCCCUGUUCAAAAUGUAGACAUUGAAUGUCUUCAACUUAAGAUGACUGCCAUCCUCUCUCCCCAGAUUACUUUGUUAAUCAGUGAGUUUUAUAUGAAAGUCAUUUUAGACAGGAUCCUUGAUCAGGUAUGUUUUAGAACUGGAGAGACCUUUUUAAUGAAUUGCAAAAUGUUAAUGGUAGUCCAGAUUGUGUCAGUUUUAGGCCAUAAAAUUUCAGCACAACUUGAUGCCUCUGCCACAUUUAUCCUGUAUGUUGGAUUUUUCUUUUAUUAUUUGCCUUCGAUUUUGAAUGGUUUUUACUUAGUCUUUACUUUUGUCUUAAUUUUUAAUGCACUGUCUAAAAUGUAAUAAAUAUUAAAACCGA